UCAAGAUCAAUUCACGAACAACUCAACACACACUAGGCAAUUCUUUUUUGCUGAGGGGAACCAAAUCUGUUGUUAAAAACCACUUAAGUGAGUUGAUCAACUAAAUUGUUUGAUGGUUUAUUCUUUGAAAAAUGUACGCAAAUCCUUCCAUUUGUGAGGUUACCCAAGCAAAAACUCCCACUUGAGAAACUGACCGUAUCGCGAGCAAAACACUCAUUGCUGAGAUAUUUCCACAACACCGCGUGUCUUCUCAAUAGAGUGUGAUAUGGUUGUCCUUCAUCUCCCGAGGUUAUCCUUUUCCCUUUUCACAGUCUCAUCUUCUUCAUUUUCUCGCAGAGUCUAUUCAACAAACACCUUAACCACACUCUUAAACAAACCACCAAAAUCAUCUCUCACAACUUCAGAACCAAAUCUAGAACCCAUAAUAACCCCUAAAACCGAACCCUUAUCACUCGAAAAACUCUUCAUUCCUCCAAACACUCAUGUCACUCACGAAAAUGCAAGAAUCUUAAACGGUUCAAAUAUAUUACUCAGUAACUACGCCAAUGAUGCUCAAAUUAUACAAGCAGAUUUUGUCAAAAGCAGUGUUAGAACCGAAGAUUGUCCUUCCGAUGGUCUUCCUGAGUUCGCUCUUGUUGGUCGUUCCAAUGUUGGGAAAUCAUCGCUUCUUAAUUCUAUUGUUCGCCGCAAGAAACUCGCUUUAACUUCAAAGAAACCUGGGAAGACGCAAUUGAUUAAUCAUUUUCGAGUUAAUGAUAGUUGGUACCUGGUUGAUUUGCCUGGAUAUGGGUAUGCAUCUGCGCCGCAGGAACUUAGAAUGGAUUGGGCGAAAUUCACCAAAGACUAUUUCCUUAACCGGUCAACAUUGGUUUCGGUUUUCCUUCUAAUAGAUGCUAGCAUUCCUGCUAGAAAGAUUGAUCUUGAGUAUGCUGCUUGGUUGGGUGAGAAUAAGAUCCCAAUGACAUUAAUCUUCACCAAAUGUGACAAACGGAAGAAGAAAAAGAAUGGAGGCAAAAGACCUGAAGAUAAUGUCAAUGAUUUUCAGGAGUUGAUACGUGGCUCCUUUGAAACUGUGCCUCCAUGGAUCAUGACUAGUAAUGUCACCCAUCAAGGUCGUGAUGAGAUACUACUCCAUAUGGCCCAGCUUCGUAACUACUGGCUCAAGCACUAGAUCGAGACAUUAUGUUGUCGAAGUUGGGUUGUCCAUCUUGAAUACUCAAGGGUAUAGCUGAGUUACUUACGUUUUACAUAGUUGCAAGUUGUAGUGUAGACUCAAAUGUAUCCAACUGAUUAUUCAAAUUUUAAGUCCAUCUAAUUACUCAUGUUUACAGUAAUAGAAUUUACACUUUAUGUUGUUCCAAAAAUCAUAUGAAAUGCAUUUCAAUUGCCACAA